AUGGUGCGUCAGCUGCACGACGGUAUGAUGGCGCGAGUCACGGGCAACGGAGCUGUCUCAGAGGCAUUCGCAGUGACCAACGGAGUGAAGCAAGGCUGCGUACUGGCGCCUACCCUCUUCAGUCUUAUGUUCUCUGCCAUGCUGAUGGACGCCUACCGCGACGAACGCCCCGGGAUCCGCAUCGCCUACAGGAUGGACGGUCAUCUCCUGAAUCAACGGCGGAUGCACUUCAAAUCGCGCGUAUCCACAACCACCGUGCACGAACUCCUCUUCGCCGACGACUGCGCCCUGAACACCACCUCGGAAGAGGAGAUGCAACAGAGCAUGGACCUGUUCUCCGCCGCCUGCGAGAACUUCGGUCUGGUCAUCAACACGCAGAAGACGGUCGUGAUGCACCAACCGCCACCCAACUCGGCCACAACCCCCAACGCGCCGCCGCAAAUCAGCGUGAAUGGGACCCAACUGCAAGUGGUGGAGAACUUCCCAUACCUGGGCAGUACUCUCUCCCGCAACACCAAGAUCGACGACGAAGUCGCCAACAGGAUCUCGAAAGCCAGUCAAGUCUUCGGUCGCCUCCAAAGCACAGUUUGGAAUCGUCAUGGUCUCCAACUGAGCACGAAGCUUAAGAUGUACAAGGCCGUCAUCCUGCCGACACUACUGUAUGGAGCGGAGACUUGGACGGUGUACGCAAAGCAGGCACGUCGUCUGAACCACUUCCGCCUCAGUUGUCUUCGUCGCAUCCUGAGGCUGAAGUGGCAGGAUCGAAUCCCUGACACUGAUGUGCUGGAACGGACGGGAAUCCUCAGCAUCUACGCCAUACUGAGGCAAAUUCAGCUGCGCUGGAACGGCCACCUUGUGCGCAUGGACGACGAGCGACUACCCAAACGACUCUUCUACGGAGACGUCGCGACGGAUUCUCGCCGUCAAGGAGGCCAGAUUCGCCGUUACAAGGAUACCCUGAAGUCCUCCCUGAAAUGCCGGCAAAUCAACCCCACCAACUGGGAGGAGCUCGCACUCGAUCGACCGACCUGGAGGAGAACAGUGAAGACAGGCGCUGCGAUCUACGAAGCCAACCGCAUCGGUGCCGCCAAAGCGAAACGUGAAGCCCGCAAAUCACAACUUCGCCCAGUAAGCAACGCCGCCGCACAACCGCUUCCAACGUGUCCUCGAUGUCAACAGACAUUCCGGGCUCGAAUCGGACUUGCUGGACAUCUUCGGAUUAACUGGUCAGUCGACCAUGACAGCCACCGCGCCCAUUCCCCAGUCCAGUCUGCUGACCGGCUCGGACAGCGGCUGGGGUGUGGGAGUGGGAAGGGAGAGUGAGGUCGACGACUCAGCGCACUUUCUCCUCACUAUAAACAAGCUGACGCGCUUGAAGCUAUCACGGUGCGCUAAAAGCCGUGGCUUGGAGGGUUGCAAACUGACUGGGUAUCUUGGACCUCCUCCUUGACCGGAGGCGGUCUGAGAGUCAGGCUGCAAUGGCUCCUUUUUAAUGUGGCCUUUAUGGCACUCCCAUCACAGUGUGGGAUCCGAGCCAGGCGUUGGCGGCACGCCCAGGUGGGGCUUCGGUCGUGCCAGCCUCCAAAUCUCUCUUCUGUUGGCUGAAAUCCUGGUUAUUUGUUGUGUGGGCCAGGGGGUGUGGUGGAACGCCAAGGUGAGGAUCCGUCCGAGCCAUCCACCUGCGGCCUCUCUCGUCUCCGGUCUUCUUGACACUGUCUUGACACCGGGCUCGGGCGAGGGAGGAGGAGAGAGUGUAGGUAGAUGCUACGCAAGUCUACCGGCACUAUAAACCCCCUGCGUAAGUCACCGUCCCUGCUCCCAUUGCUGCUGCAACUGUGGGGCACACGGUGGACAUCAUCGAAACCGAUGGUCGAACUGUCACCGCCGCCAUGAUGACCAGUGGCUGAUUCCAGUUCCGUGUUAAGGUCCGUCAGAAAUUCUCGGCAUUUAAGGCGUUCCGCUGGAGAGUUGAGCGGCUGAAAAAAACCCUGUAUGAAUUUUGGAGGCUGUUUUUCCUGAGCAGUUGCAAAUUACGCUCUUUUUUGCUGCCCAAGAACAAUUUAAGAAGUCGUGGCCGCACACUUUUCCCAUUCUUACAAAAUCUUUUCCGAUCGUGAGGGCUUCUGAAGUGGUUACAUCAUCAUUCGGAUUAUGCAUCUCAUUUAGCAGGUGAUGAAAAAUAUCACGGUCGGCGGAAAACUUUUUUGGGGUAGGAGCAUUCGACGCCCGUUAGCCCUAGAAGACUACGCAAUUCUAUCGACCAAGGGAUCUUUUGUUCUAGUUCCGGCCGUAUUGUCACCUGAAUAUUCGAUAGCUGAUAAGUUAGCUUACUAACUUGGAUUCAAUAGGAACUGACAACGUCCCGAACUCUCUUAUAAAACAGGUAAGAGAUUUUCAUCCUUUGCUCAGCAAACUUACACUUCCUUUUGAUAUUACCGCACUCUGGCUCCACUUAAGGAUGACAGGCAGAUUUUUUAAACCUUGAUUGUUAGGUGGCUGCCUUCAAAUAUUGAACCUGCUCGCAGGGCCUUCCCCUUUCUACAACGGCUACAACUAAAGACUACACCAUCCGUGUUUUCCUGAGAAUUUGCUGUUGCAUUGUCCAAAGGCAUCUGCAUUUCCAACUUUGGACUGCAGACCCUUGUCUUGGCGAUAUUGCAUCAUCUUAUCGAAGUUUAGUAAUUCCAUUAUCUCCUCAACUGCUGUUAGUAUGUCCCUCUGGUGUCAUCUGCGUUUUACAGUUUGUUCAGACGGUGGCCUGCUUUAAAAAAAUAAAUUCACGAUUUAUCGCUAUUUGUAACUAUUGCAACGAUCUUCCACUUACAGAUACAUGGACGGACUGCCUUUACUUGUUCCACUAUUCAGGGUGAGAAUUUGUUUUCGAUGGCGUAAUACUUGAAAUUUACCACGACUUAUUUCCAUAGCAUAUAACUACAUAUCAAUUUGUAAGCCAUAUCCAUUUACAUUAUUGGACUUGACUUUAUUUUUUUAAUCGUUCUUACUGUCACUUAGCCUAACUUGUCAUUCUUCUUUCUUGUUCUUUUUUGCAUUUUAGUUAAAUCUUCGCAGUUAUUGCGUAUCCUGGUAUAGCUCUCAGCCUGUGUUAUAUGCGCGUUUAAUAAUUGGCUGCUAUUUCCCUGAAACCCGGGCUUCCGUUAUUCAGUUCACGGCGGUUUAUUCAGCUGCCUGAGUUACCCUGACUACCGUUUUUGGUUUGUUUUUCGAAUUCGUGCGCUUACUUACCAUUUACAAUCUAAGCCCAUUAGAAGACUUUCGAUGUUAUUUUACACUCUUUAUCAUUAUUAUUUUCUCGAAUUCCUCUUGUGUGCAUCCGAAGGCCCCACCCGUAUAUCCCCUAUUACCCCCAUCCCCGUUAGACAGGGUCAUAAGGUUAUCUGUUGCUGACCCCGAGGGCAAACCAUACCCUCGCCUGGUUUCCUCCAUCUCUGCACCAGACCCUGCUUGACUUGUAAAUCUUGACCCCUGCCAGUCGUCCUUGAGCAUUCGCCGUUUCCCAUCAUUACUUAUCCUCGCGCGUCCUCUAUUUCAAACGCACUUUUCUUCUUCGCUUUCACAUAUACCUCCAUUUACAGUGACCAGCCAAUUGACUUUGUCAUCAUCUGGUCUCGCAGUAUUUAAGAAAUAAUUUCGGAUCUGCCCUGAUACUAACUCAGCUAAGUCUUCACUUUCCUCAUUCCUGCCUCUAACCUUUUUUCAUAUCGUUGACGACCGACGGUCGUGAUUUAGACCUAUAUAACUUACUGCCGUUUAUACCUUCCUGUCCUUAAAUCUGAAAUGUCGCUCCAAGUGCACAUUGCUGGUGCGCAAUUUCUGUCCUCUGCAUGAUUUUGUAGGGUACCGUCAGUCAGCAGGAAUCACCUUUUUGCGGUUCGCGAUUCUUGGGCGUCCCGGAACGGAGUGGCCAGUUUAGCCCGUCUUCCUCGCAGACGGCGUGUGUUAUUGUGUGGCCGUAGUUCUGCUUGUGUAUACUAGCAACCGGAAUCUGCAUGAGACGCGCCUCAGGUUUCCUACAAGCAAGCGUAUGCGCACGCAUAGAUGCAGGCUUCGGUCAACCGCAAAAUGCUCCAUUAAAUACGGUUGAGUAAUUAACUGUUUUUAUACAUGAACCACAAGUCUGACAACGAGCUGGGGGAACAGUCGUGAAACUUUACGCCGUACAGAUUUUCUUGUUCGCAAAAAAUGUCACCCAUUUUAAACUGUAUUUCUUGGGAUGCCGUUUUCCAAAACACACAUAUGUAAUGGUGGGGGGGGGGGGGACGCUCACCGAUCGCGCUACGGGACUCCCUCGUCCAGUUGUGCCUGGGGACUCUCUCUAUUCCCAACCCCCGUCAACAAACGCAUAAUGGCGUGUAAUUUUGGCAGAAUAGCAUUACCAGCAAAGACAAGGAGACCGGAAGGGCCAUUUCUAGCUUGUUAGUCGUCGUCAGCCGACCACACUUGACCCAACGUGUGGAACGCCUGGGGUUCGUUCCGGUGACCUCUCGGUUAGAUGUCUACUGAGCCACAAGCUAGCUGUUCUGUCGGUUACGGUCGGUUAGUGUUAAUCCGCCUAUUUAUACACGUAAAAAUUAUCUAUAUAUAGACAGAAUAGUAAAAACCGACAGGCAAAGGCCACUGCAAUGGUCAUUUCAGGCUUUUUAGCCGUUGCCAGCCAGUCAUACCCCACCCCGAAAUGUGGAACACCUGGGGUUCCAUUGGUUUCCCGAGGCGGACAUGCUUUGUAUGGAUGACAGCGGUCACGAACAGGCAACCAUCUACCGGACCGAAGUCGUUUAAGUUAUGAUAGUUAUGGCCGACUGUCCUUUCAUUCCUGCCAUUAUUAAUGACCCUGGUUGACAUCUAGUGCGGAUUAGUUGGCGCCCCUUCCUUUUUACCCUGAAAUCUUUGUACAUGGCGUAUAAUUCAGUGUGCUAAUAUUCCAACGUCACCCAAAUAUUUCGGUACUAUAUCAAAUACUCAUGCGCGUUCCGGUUUCAAUUGAGCACUGUUUUCUGGUCCCUAACGCACCUCCCAAAAUAGUCGAUGUUUGUGACUCUCUGCACAUAUUGCUUUCCUGAGCCGAAAGUAUGAACAAAUGCUUAACGACCAUCUACCGUUACAUGACGCACUUGUCACAAUCAGAGAUACAAGAAUAGGUUAAUUGUAGCAGCCCUCUAGCACUGUCAGUCCCCUUAGAACAGAGCAAAUAACCUUAAACAGGCUCACUCAUUUCGGCUGCAGCUGACGGAGAGCGAGUGACUACGAGGUCACCUGCAGUGCAGCACACACGACCAUAAGUCGGUUAGUCUGUAGAUUUGAAGUUAAAGGGUAUAAACACACGCUCUAAACUGAGAUUUCGGGUAUUUUGUGGCCAUUCGAGCCUAAAAUCAGCGAUCACAAUUCUGUCAAUAAUACACGCAAGGUGCCUGGCGAAGAAAUGAUUUUGAUUUUAACAUCGUCAAAACUGCAGACUAAUGUGGGGUCACUGGGGUUGAACAACUGAAGGAGACGUUUCUGACUGUCAACAACAUAAUCGAACAGCCUGCGGCUAGUUGGGUAUAUGUCACUAGGCAAGAGAAUGUGGGUCAGGUAGACUUCAGUGACCUUAGUUCUAAUUUGAGCACUAUCAUCGGGCAUCUAGCCUGUUAACCGUUUAUUAGUAGGCUUGGCAGCUUUGGAGUGUGAAGUGGCAGAGCCCAAAUUACAUUCUUCAAGAUGACACGUUGGUAUAAAUCAGUUUUCAAUUCUGUGCAAUUCUUUCAUGAAUUGGCAGAAAAAGUCCUUUGCUUUUAUUGUAGUAUGCGUUAUGGAGAAGGGGCUUACUACAGUCCCCGAGAAUUUGAGGAAACUUAUAUUUUUAGGCAUCUGUUACGAAAUGAGUCUAUCGAAUUUCACCUGUCUUGUUUCAGAAGUGUUUAUCGCCGCUGCAUCAUUCUAAACGGCAUGCGCCUUCUCAGACGCAGCACGUACCUUAACCUAGGUGAGCAUCGGUACCCCUUGGAUAAACACAGUGGACAGCUCUGGAUAACAAACCUACUCGAGUCACAAACCUUAUCUUUACUCUUCCAUUCAUAUAUGAUUUCCACAGUUGACUUGACGGGCUUGUCUAAUCAAAAGACCUCAUCGCGGAAGAAAAUGUGAUUCCAACAAAAGGGUCUUUAAUCAGCAUAAUUUUCAGGAAAAAGUCACCAAGUGACUUUUCUACAUUAAAGGUCCAUUUUCUUGGUAUUUUGUUCAAGUUCAAAUCCCUGCGCCCCUUCCCCAAUUAUGAUGAUAUGGGACAUCGCAGAUGUUCCCUGUGAAUGGUCGCUGCGGAGACAUGAUAGUAUUCUUGUCUUUGACGAAUAAAAUCGUUGUCUUGCUGACCUGUUGACCGUUUUGGUCCUCCCUGCUUAUUCCUGUGCCCAGUUCUAUCAUACACAAUCUGAAAACUAACACUGAAAUUACGCAAGGCUCGACUACUCUGUCCGAAUUCCAAGUGUAAGCGCAAUUUGGACAAUAAAAGUAUAGCAAGCCGAAGGAGAAUGCUGAAAUCGUUAGUGGGAAAGCAGGCGACGCUAUAACGAAAAAGCGCAAACUGAUAUUUCGGUUACGAGUUAGAGUUAAUGUUAUGAUUAGGUCUAGUGUCAGGUUUAGAAGUGACUUUAGGGUUAGAGCUUGCGUUAAGUUGAAGUUUUUUUCCUGUGUUUAAAGGACGCUAUAAAAAACCUAUUCUAUGCUAUUCUAGAGUUUUGUUUAGGUUUACGGUUCGGAUUAGGGUUUGGAUCACGGUUCAGGUUUACGUUCAAUGUUAAAGUUCGGGUUAGAUUUAGUGUUUGAGUUCCGGUUCCGGUUAGGGUCAUGGUUAGGGUUAGGCUAAAGGUUUGUGUUAAGUUUAGGGUUAGCGUUAGGUUUAUAAUUCCGUUAAAGUUUGGGUUUACUUUUGAGGUUACGGUUAGGAUCAACGUUAGGUUUUGGGUUUUGCUGCCCUGCGUGUCCUGACUGCCAAGUCUUUUGCUGGGAUUGUGGGCUCCCAUUAUCCUCGCGACAGAAUAGUAGCACAUCAGAUCCCCCUUUACAUUUUAGCUUUGGCUACUUUCCCACUAACAGGGCUCGUCUUUUGAGUUCGGUUUGGAAUUUUCGACCUUCGAGUGAUUUACCUUUUUCGGGAUUUUUGUCUACUGGACGCUUUGCGGGCCCAUUUGGAUUUAGAAAUUAAAGCGUAAUCAGUAAUUCUUCAGACGAUCCACACGGGACUCCAACAGAACUUUCUUUAGGACAACCAUUCUCCAUCGGAUCACUUCGCUGCCAACAGCACCGGGGGACCCUCCAGAUCCAAGGACAACUGAGUCGUUCUUUAUUUGUUUCAUAUUGUUGUCCUGGUUAAAUAUCUCCUCCUACACAUUUAAAUACUUCGUUUCAUACGUUGAAUACCUUGCGCAUCCUUUGAAUUCAUAAUGGGAGUCGAUAAAACACCUUCAGAACAAUGUGCAAAAAUGUCGCUGCAAAUGAGACACGAAUUCAGGUACCACCGCGGGGUGACCAACUAGAUCACCACUACACUACCGGCCCACGAGAAGCAGGCCGAAAUAAGCAAGGGAGCAAACAUUGGCCGUAGUACAAAUGGCAACAAUUCCGUAUAUAUCGCUGUCAGGUCACCUCCUGCCAAACGAGCAAGGAGUUUAAUAAGUUGUAUGGAUAUCAAAUACGACGACGACGCCUGUACGACAUGUUUCGGACUGCUUCAAAAAUUUGCGGCAAUGGAGAAGGAGAUUAAGGGUCUUAAAGUGGAGAUCUAGAAGUUAAGGAUUAUCCCUUGCUAUUCAUCCAAAGAGAAAUUAUCGGCGACAUCCAAAAUUGAGGAAAGUGAACGAACAUACGCCAACACGGCUUCCUCGGCUGUGUCGACAGAGGAGAAAGGAGAAAUAGGUCUCCAGAGCUCGAUAUGAAUGACAACCAGUGUCUUUUGCGAGAAAAUGUUGUCAACACGCGAUCUCAGCGAACACAAAAUGUCUCAGAGCACCUCAGAAAGGCACAGAGAGCCAGACAAGGGAGCAAGAGGUGACUACACCGCAAACAAAGAUCGUGCUGCUGAAAAUUCAAAAUCAUCAAGAGAUCAUAGUAAACAGGCAGUCACACGUUAGUCCUGCCGAAUCAAAUCUUCCUAAAUCGGUGAAUGGCGGUAGUCGGGAUAUCCGGGGCGAAGUCUCUGCAUGUAUGAUUAAACCACAAGGACCUCUGGUUGAUCUCAAUAGAUGCAUUGUCAUAAAGGGCAUGCCUGAGUCUGUUCCCGACACUGCAAAGGACAGAAUACAGUAUGACAUCGAAAUAUUCCAGGAAUAUCGCAAAUCGGUCUUAAGAGAACACGAGAAAUUCACCGUAUUAAGGGCUUUCAGGAUGGGCCAAAUAAACGACUCAAAACAUAAACCAGACCGAUCAAGACUGACAAAAGUUGUCUUCCAGAAUAAGAAACAAGUGCAUCUACUGUUGGGCAGGAAAUCUACACUCCAAGAUGCGCAUCCAUCUGUUUUUAUUUAGCGGGACUUUUCACCCGCGAAGAGAGAAAAAUGGAGGGGGCCCAAGUUGGAAGUUCUCAGGCCGUCGAGCAUGGGCGAGAAAAACCGCAGAAUACUGAACGUGAAAAUUAUAUAUGUCCACAGGCCAUUACUCAGGAGAAAGCGCGUAAUCAUAACAACUUAGGAGUGAUGGAAAGCGGUGCACCCUGACCAGCUCCAGCCGGCUUCUGCAUUCAAUCCCAUGAAACAGCCAAACUCCCGUAUGCCGGAGUUACUCAUGCCAAAUUGUGAUUUUUGUAUGCUAAUGCUCACAGUCUGUUUUCGAAGAUCGACGAACGCAACGCGCUAGUUUCAGAACGACUCUCCUAAGUCGUUGUCAUAACGGAAACUUGGCUUAAUGCUGAAAUCGUGGAUGCCGAGAUUUCGAUACCGGGUUACCAGCUCUUUCGUAGAGACCAUCAAAAUAGACAGGGCGGUGAGGGUGUAAAGGCUGAAAUUUCGGCGGUUGAACGAGCCCACACCCUCUCCCUUUAGUAGGAAUUCGCCUGGAUAAAGAUAAAGAAGAUUAGCGCACAAAACAUAGAAAUCCUGGCGAUUUACAGACCACCAAACCUUCCAAGUGCAAGUGAUGAGCCGCUCAUUCAUUUAUUCAAGGGCGUAGAUGGCCAUCAAGAGAUUUUUAUUGCUGGGGAUUUCGACGCACCUGCAAUAGAGUGGAAGACUAUGGUAGUUAACGGUGGGUCGACUUUCUUCAGCAAUAAGUUAACAGACUUCACAAUCGAUCUCACUCUGGCACAACAUGUGAAGGUACCAACAAGAUUUUGAAAGAACCAGAAAACGAAUUUCCGGGACCUAGUUAACACUAAAGACUUCUCAAAUAUCGACGAAGUGUAUUUUAAUGCACCUCUCGGGAAAAGUGACCAUACUACGCUACUACGGGAUUACUCGCUCUUCUCUCAACGCCAGCAGAGAACAAAAGGCCAACCUAAUAUAUGGAAGGCAGAUUUUAACACGAUGAAGGACGAAUUCAUGUCCGUGAAUUGGGAUCACUUGCUCAAGAGAGAACGGAGGACUAAUGGAGAUCGUUUAAGACGAUUUCAAUCGACCUACUUCGGCUCUGUUGUCCACCUAAACUUCAAAAAACAACUAGUCGACCUGCGAGGUUAGCUAGUAGUCUGAAUAGGCAGUUACAAAAGAAAAGUAAAAUAUGGAAAAUAUUCAGGGAAACUGGUUCACCGGUGCAUCUCAAAAAAUUUCGACGUCUGCAAAAUGCAGUAAAAAGUACAUCGGUCAGGCACGGAUGGAGUAUGAAUCCAAAAUUACCCGACAGGGCGAACAGAAGUCCAAGAUUUUAUUUUACUAUCUUGACAGUACACUAAAAACAAGGUCGCGGUCGCAGUACUGAAGGAUGAUAAUGGUGCAGAAAUCAUUGAGAACAGCGGGAAAGCCGAACACAAAGGACGGCAUUUUGCCUCGGUUUUUAUUAGGGACGCAGAGUUUCGUUGUCGCAGUGCCAGCAAUGCUGUCGAGACAACUGGUCCCGCGUUUGACGCCAUAAUUUUUCCGACAUUUGUCAUGAAAAGGGAGCUGCAAAAUCUCAGAGACGCAAAGUACUCAGGUUCGAACAAUAUACCGGCCAAAUUUUUGAAAGAAAUGACGAACGAACUCUCCAAACCACUGACGUACAGCUUCCGCUCGUCAUUCGAAUUAGGGAGACUGCUAUCGGAACGGAAGACGGCAAAUAUCUUUCCGAUAUACAAGGACGGGGCUCGCAUCAAUGUUAACAAUUAUCGGCCUGUUAGUCUCACCUGCAUAUGCUUUAAAAUAAUUGAGGCCAUAGUCAAGAAGGCAACAAUGCAGUUCCUGGAGCAGAACAACUUACUCUCAAACCUGCAGUACGGCUUCAGACAGAACCGCUCGUGCCUUUCCAGUUUAUUGCUCUCGACGGAGCAGUGGACUCACGCACCGGACGAGAGAGUUAGGAUCGAUGUUAUCUACACGGACUUCAAGAAGGCGUUCGACAGCGUCCCACACAAACACCUUAUCUACAAACUUUCUUAAAUUGGGAUAGGUGGUAGGCUGCCGACAUGGAUAACAGAUUUUCUUACAGGGAGAUCGCAAACCGUGUGCGUUGAGGACUCGAGGUCAACUCCUAGCCCCAUUUAUAAGUGGCGUUCCCCAGGGGUCCGUCUUAGGACCUUUGCUAUUCCUUGUUUAUAGUAACGACUGCGUCGACGACCUGAGAUGUGGCGCCAUCAUGUUUGCUGACGAUGUUAUGCUGUGGAGAGCCAUCAGAUCUGACGCAGACAGGUACGCGCUUCAAGACAUUCUCAACCGCAUGAACCGUUGGCCAGCUCGUUGGCUUCUAACUUUUAGUGUGGACAAAUGUGUGGCCCUGAGACCCCGUACCAAAAAGACCAGUAAAGAGGACGAUUCCUUCCAAUACGUCCUGGGUGAGCAGCCUCUUUCAAAUGUUGUGGAACAGAAAGACCUCGGCGUCCUAAUGACCUCCUCGCUGAAACCAUCCUCACAAUGUCAAAGGGUAGCCAAACGUGCGAUAAGGGUGUUAUUUGGGAUGAGGUGAGGAUUUGUGCAGAUCGAUAAAGAGUUCUUCGUAAAAACCUAUGUACAUUCGUCUGGUCUCACUUAGAGUAUGCAGUCCAGGCCAGGCGACCGUGGUCAAGGAAAGCUUAUCGACAAGUGGAAAGAGUACAGGCGAUGGCUACGAAGAUGGUCAAGAAUCCUGAUCAUCUGCCUUACGAAACCAGGCUGGCCGAACUAAAUCUGUUUCCUCUCAAUUACAGGCAACUGCGCGGCGAUCUCAUUAAAAUUUACAAGAUUGUCAGAGGCCGUGAAUAUGCCCUGGAGUGUGGUGAAUUUUUCGAAUUGACCAGGACUGACCGUCUGCGUGGUCAUCCCUUCAAAGUGCAGAGGAAGCUGGCUUAUUCGGACGUCCGACAGAACGUCUUCUCUCACAGGGUCAUUGGAGCCUGGAACGGACCCCCUGAUGCGGUGGUUCUUUCCGAAACUGUCGAGUCCUUUAAGUUUAGACUAGACGCUCAUUUGCGGAGAAACUAA